UUUUAAGUUGGAAUUUGACCCGCAGUUUCACUGAAAUAUUCAGCGAGUUAUUAUUAUAUAUUUCUAAAUUAGGAGAACACAUUUAUAAAAUCAUGCCAUCCGCCUGCGAGUCUCUCAUUGAUGACAUUGAGGACAUGGUGUCUGCCAAUGAGCCAACAUCACUCCAGCGCUCGUCUGUAAGACAGGCCGUCGUUCCGAGGGCACGAAAACGAAAAGAACAUGCUGUCACAGAGGAGCUGCAAGCAGACAGUGUGAUCCCUGGCACGCAGAAAGUGUGGCUGAGGACGUGGGGUUGCUCACACAACAGCUCGGAUGGAGAGUACAUGGCUGGACAGCUCGCUGCAAGCGGCUAUGAGAUGACAGAUGAUCCAUCCCGUGCAGAUGUGUGGUUGCUAAACAGCUGCACGGUGAAGAACCCAGCAGAAGAUCACUUCAGGAACUCUAUCAAGAAAGCCCAGGAGCAGAACAAGAAGGUGGUGCUGGCAGGGUGUGUUCCUCAGGCUCAGCCCAGAAUGGACUACCUCAAAGGCCUGAGCAUUAUCGGGGUUCAGCAGAUUGAUCGAGUGGUGGAGGUGGUGGAUGAAGCAGUGAAAGGUCACUCCGUUCGUCUCCUGGGUUCGAAAAAAGAUAACGGGAAGCGACUGGGCGGAGCUCGACUGGAUUUGCCGAAGAUCAGGAGGAACCCGCUGAUUGAGAUCAUUUCCAUCAAUACAGGCUGUCUGAACGCCUGCACGUACUGCAAAACCAAGCAUGCUAGAGGAGACCUGGCCAGCUACCCCAUCGAGGAACUGGUGGAAAGAGCCAGGCAGUCCUUCCAGGAGGGUGUGUGUGAGAUCUGGCUGACCAGUGAAGACACGGGCGCGUACGGGCGUGACAUUGGCACUGAUCUGCCCACUCUGCUGUUGGAGCUGGUGAAGGAGAUUCCAGAGGGCUGCAUGCUCCGCCUGGGCAUGACCAACCCGCCAUACAUCCUCGAACAUCUGGAGGAAAUGGCCAAGAUUCUGAACCACCCGCGGGUCUACGGCUUCCUGCACGUCCCCGUCCAAUCCGCAUCGGACAGCGUGUUGAUGGACAUGAAGCGCGAGUACUGCUGUGAUGACUUCUCCCAUGUUGUCGACUUCCUAAAGGAGAAGGUUCCGGGCAUCACCAUCGCCACCGAUAUCAUCUGCGGGUUUCCGGGAGAGACAGACGAGGAUUUCCAGCAGACUAUGGAUCUGGUUAAAAAGUACAAGUUUCCAAGCCUCUUUAUUAACCAGUUCUACCCAAGACCUGGAACUCCUGCUGCCAAGAUAGAGCAAGUCCCAGCCCAUGUGAAAAAACAGCGAACCAAGGAGCUGUCUGGACUGUUCCACUCCUACAACCCUUACGACCAUAAGGUCGGUGAGAGGCAGCAUGUGUUGGUCACCGAGGAAUCUUUUGAUGCUCAGUACUACGUCGCCCACAACAAAUUCUACGAACAGGUGCUGGUACCUAAGAAGCUAGAGUUUAAAGGGAAGAUGAUUGAAGUAGUAAUCUACGAGGCGGGAAAGCACUUCAUGAGAGGUCGGCCAGUGGAGGACGCCACCAUCGUCACUCCGUCCAUCAGCCAGCCGCUGCAAAAAGGAGAAAUCUCCGGCCUCGUCCAGGAAUUGAAAGCUACAGUUCAGAACGGCCUCCAUGCCUCGCCGGCGUCGAAGGGUUUGGUGGAUGGUCAAGGACUCAAACUGCUUUCAAUAGGAUUGGCUCUUCUGGCUGUUGUAGUGGUUUUUAUUUUAGAGAAACUUCACUGACAUUGAAGCAGAGUCAAGUGUGUCAUAUUAUAACAAAACGAGUGUGUGUGUGUGCGACCGGGUUUCAUUCUGAAGGACCUCCUGAAUGGUGUACGUCUGCUGAGCGUCUGCGAGUUUGGGUCAAUCCGACACCAAAUGGUUCAGUGGUUUAUUUGCAAUGACUGAUAACAAAGGAUUUUACGUUCACGUUCAACGGAGGAAUGGUUCUGCAAUACAGUUCCUGACUGGAAAUGAAAAAGCGUCCUUUUUUUCUGAAGGUGCACGUUUUAGAAGGUUUUUAUUGUAUGUUUUUGUGGUUUUAGAAGUCAAGCUACAAGGACAUCCUGAAUGCACCUUUUGUUCGGCUUUGUUUGGGUUUUAAUUUCAUUCUGUAUCCAGAGGUCAUUGGUCAAUCAUAUCUGUUUUUUUCCUUUAUUUUUCUUUCUGUCCUCAACUCUAAUAAACAAGACUACACACUC